AGUUCGUUCACCUUUGAGGAGACACAUGUGUUUUGCUAAAUCGCUGUGUUUUGGAAGAGAAUUCACAAGUUGAAUAUCGCUAAUAUUAGUAAUAUUCAAACAUAAGCUGACAUGGGAAGACGAAAGAAAGGUGGUGGUUCUCGCAAGAAGGCGGAGGAGUCUGACUAUGACAGCGACGACCCAAGAGCAUACGCCAAAGAGAAAGCACCAGACCCGUCAGCUAGAGACUACAUUUAUGACGAAGUGGACGAAUUUCAUGCCAACAAAGAAAAGAUCUCCUUAGAUGUAAGCAGGACUCUAGGACCCGCUGACAGCUCUGACAAUGAGGAGGAAGAGGUUCUUGGUUGGGAUGAUGGAGAUGAUGAAGAGGAGGCCAUCUUGAAGGAGAGGCUACAGCGCUUCAGGAGACAGGAGAAGAUGGACGAGAUGGCGAGCGAUCUAGAAGACGAGGAGGACGAUGAGGAGGGGGACGAGGAUGGAGAAGGAGACGUCAGUUCCAAGGCUUGGGGAAAGAGGAAGCAGGCCUAUUAUGACACCGAUUAUGUGGAUGAUGACCUCCCAGGUUUGGAUCAGUUGGAGGAGACAGCCAAUCAAGAAGCAGAAGAGAAAGAAGCCCUGGCCAUUCAGAACAGGAUGGCAGAGGCAUUACAAGAUGAUGACUUUGGUCUGGAUAUCUUUAAGAGCAGUGACAGGCAGGUCGAGAAGACAACCUCCGGUGACCUUGAGAGUGAGGAGAAGGUCACCAAAGAUCUCAGCAAGCUGUCAAAGAGAGAAAAGCUAGAGCUUUUGAAAAAAGAAUCACCAGAAUUUUUACAACUUACAGCAGAUUUCAAAGUAAAGAUGCGUGAGUUGAUAGAUCGUCUGCAGCCUCUGGUCGCUCUCAUCAAGAGAGGAGAUGUGAUCCAGGAAGGGUCUGAAGGAGCCCAGUAUAUCCACACCAAGUACCAGCUCUAUCUCAGCUACUGCAUGAACAUCAGUUUCUACAUGAUCUUGAAGGCCAAACAUGUUCCAGUAGCCCAUCAUCCUGUUAUUGGAAGAAUCCUGGCUUUUGGAAAGCUAAUAUCUGAAUUGCAACCGGUUGAUGAGAAGUUAGCAGAGGAGAUAGAAUCCGUCCUGAGCCAAGCAGAUGAAGUAGAAAAGGAGAACAAACAGAUGAGUGCAGCUAAAGAAGAAGAACUUCUUCUUUCUCAAGAAAAGAUGGACAAGAAAAAGAGGAAAAGGAGGAAACAAGAAGACACAAUCACUAUGGAAGAAGAGUCAGCAUUACCCAAAAAAAAGAAGAAGGGCCUUGCAUCAUUGUCAGAAGAGGAGCUGAAGGCUCUAGAAUACUACAAGGCAAUGGAGACUAAACAGAGAGAGAAGAAAAAAGAGCAGGCUGCUAUGGGAGCUUUGGAGGAAGAUGGUGAAGAGGAGGAGGGAGAGGGAGAUGGAGAUGAGAAGAGAGCCAUCACCUACCAGAUUUCUAAGAACAAGGGACUGACGGCCUACAGGCGGAAGGAGCUCAGGAAUCCAAGAGUGAAGAAUAGGAUGAAGUUCCGCAAGGCCAAGAUCAGGAGGAAGGGACAGGUACGAGAGACAAGGACAGAGCUACAUCGGUACGGUGGAGAGGCAUCAGGGAUCAGGGCUGGGGUCAUCAAGAGUGUCAAGAUUAGAUGAGAUUAUCUUAAUCCCUUCAACUUUGAAGAAUAGACAACAAUCAACCCUGUAUUUGUGGCCACCUCUCUAUAAAAGCCAUCUAGCUAUAGCGGUCAUACAUUUUGUCUCCUUCAAGAAAGAAAUGUGUAUUAAAGAACUUGUCUAGAAAGGCCACCUGUCCACAGUGGCCACUUUUUCUGUUACCCUUGGGUGACCUUUAUAGACAGGGUUGACUGUAGUUCAUAAAUACAUGCAUAUCAAAUUUUUAGGACACUUCACCCACAGCCUACUUAUGAACUACUACAUUCACUCAUCACAAGUUAUAGUUCAAAAUUGACAAUUCAGAUUGCAUGUAGUUGUUCUUGCUAUGUCAGGCAAGCAUCUUGUAAGCUUUAGAUUCAUCUCUAGCAUAUGCAUAACAUUUGAAAUACAUUUGCUAUAAUAUAAGGUCUAUUCAAUUGCAUUCCGGUCCUAUAUAAACGUACACAUUUUAAACUUGUAUGGUAAAUUUGUAUGACUUACACGUUGGCGACUAAAAUCAUGAAAAAUUAUUGAUAUAUAAAUUUUUCUCCAAGAGUCGUGUUGUGGCUCAAGUUUUAACUCAUGGAUGUGAUAAUGUAAGUGUUGCUCUAAACACAAACCUUUUUUUUUUUAGGGGGGGGGGGUGAUUGAUGAUGUCUUCCAUUAGGGGUAAAAGUUUGGUUUUUGUCACCAUGUGACUUCACAAAUGAUUACUUUGUAGGUAAAUUUCAGUAAAAAAAUUUCCAAGAUGAGAUUCAUUUGUUGCUUUAUUUUUUUAGAAAUAAGGGAAAGGUUUUUCUCAGGUGAGAAAGCAAGCUAUUAUCAUUACAUGAAACAGGUAGCCAGCCAACUAGUGCUAGUACGAUGGUUUCAUGAAACGAUACCCUGGACAUCUUUUUAUCAUCUCUUUUUAAUUUGUUUUGUUUACCUGGUGCAAAUUUUAUUUGAAAAACACAUGAGACAUCUGUCCCAUUUGUAGAGAGCAGUGGAGUACAGUAGCCUCUCUCCACGCUAAUAAAAAUAAACCAAAUAAAGCCAGAUUUUAAUGUUACUGUUAUUUGACUAAAUAAACUGAUAAAAAUAUGUUCUGUUAACAGCAAGA